AUGUCCCUUGCAGAUGCAAAGCUGUCUUUUCCAGUCCACAGUUUAACAAUGAAAAGAAGUGGUGAAGAUACAUCACAGGAAUGUAAAAAGGUACAUGUUAGAUUGUGUAACUAGUGUUGCAAUAUUAUGCGCAGUAGAGAUGUGCAAUGCAAUUCAGGAGAAUGACAUUAAAUUCUUCUUUAAGAACAGGCAACUAAGAUUAUAGAGAAUUACAAUAUAUUUUCUCCUGAAUGUAUUGCUAAUCUACUGCAUGGCAGUAUUUUGUGUGAUUUCCCUAAAAUAAGCCACUGUGACAAUUCAUAUUGAUGUCAUUUCAUUUCCUACUUCUUAACUUUAGACUACCUCAAAAACAAGACAUGCAGACGUAGACAUGGAUACAAAUGAUGAUAGUAGCGAUAAUGAAGAUCCAUCUUUUCACAUGGAUGAUGAAGAAAUGUUUUGUGAUGUUCCAGCUGCAAGAAGACAAAUAAGCAAUAUGUGUAGGUAGACAGCAAACUAAUGAUAAGUCAAGUGUAAGGGACAGUCAAUUCUCUCUUAGCAGACACCUCUAAAAGACAGCCACCUUCCUAAAACAGACACCCAGGGAUUGUACCUGCCUUUUGUUACACCUUUUAGUUGACUCUCUAUAAGAUGAACAUCCCUCUAAGGCAGGCACGUAGCACUGGUCCCAAAGGUGUCCAUCUUAGAAAGAGUUGAGUGCUUUGUGCAAUUGAUGCUACGAAAACGAAGCUGUGUUUUCACAGUAAUAGCCCAGGAGGGCUAGUUUGAUUCGCUCUUGUAGUUAUUCUCCAUAAUGCAGCUGAUCACUACGGUUAUGUAGGUACACAUAACUUACAUGGAUAGAUGAACACCAUUGGAACCAACCCUCAGUGCCAUCUAAGAGAGAUACUCAUCUUGUGUACAUGUAGAGUUACAUGAGAGGAGUAAAGAAAGGCAGGGAACAAAUCUAGGUGUUCAUUUUGGGAAGGUGUCUUUCUUUCAGGGGUGUCUGUUAAAAGAGGGCUGACUGCACAGUACUGUCAGCUUAGGGACACCUCCCUAAAAUGGACACCUAAGAAUCGCCAUCAUAUUUCUUUGCUCCAUUCAUGUGACUUUGUAUAAGAAAGACAUGUCUCUGAGAUGGACACCAGUUCAAAAAGGAUUUAUCAUAGAGAGAGUUGACUGUAAUAGGGACGUUAUAGUUGUCUCCUUGGAUGGCUCUGUGUUGUGAAUGUACACUGUACACUCUGUGUUGCCAUUCUAACUGUAGACUGUAUCUUCUCUUUAAAGUGGAAGAUAAUUGUACAGAUACUGCAGAAGCAUUAGUCAAGUUUACCACUCAGUUUGAAGAAAGGUAAGUCGUACAGUUGUAAAUAAAUCAUCUCGCUCUUAAAAAGUAAGCUUUCAGACAUCUGGACCUUUUAGAUUGCACUUGAAUAUUCCCAAAUUUUUUUAUGUAAAAUGCAGAUUCACAAUAAUUUAUACUGUGUAUAUAUAUUUUUGAUUUUUUAUGAAGCUUGACUCAAAGGUACCUGUUACCUUCGUGAAUAACAGGAGUGAGUUUAUAUGAAAAUCUUGAAAAUUGAAGAUCUUGCUCGCUGAUCUUGAAUUUUCAGCUUCUUUCCAACAAGUUCUCAAAUUUUAACCCUGACUCUAGAUUCUAGACCUUUUUUUAAAAUGCCAGUACACCUCGAGCAGCUGGCAACUCACAUGCACAUUCAAAUUCUGAUUGAUUAUCAGAUAUGGUGAAACCCACCCGUAUUUUUACAUGGGUCCACUGACAGAAGCCAUCAAGGAGGCUGGAGGAGCUUCAGCUAAAGAGGUAAAUAACGAUAAAACAGUCAAGAGAAUUCUCAAUGGUCAGUAGUCAUCUGUUUACAAGGUAGUUUUGCGUGAUUGAAUUUGGAGAUGAUGAGUGUGUAGAACAUUAGAGACGUUUAUAUUGGAGGACAUGGACGACGACGAUGAUGUUACAAUGUAAUUAUCGAACUUAAAGUAUUCUCAAAAAGUAGAAGCCCCAGAAAGCUUCUUUGUACUUUUUUUCACCAGAAAACUUAGCAUUGUCAUUUUUAUUGAAUGGGGUAAGCCCUCUCCCGAUCACAAAAUGAUAAAAGUUCUAACACUACGUUAUUCUUGCUAGAACUCGUAGUAGAAUGAUGACGGCUACCACGUUUUCCCGCCAAAAUGACGCUGAUUCACGUGCGCGCGCUCAUUACCAGGGUCGUGAUUCAGCUGAUAUCUGUUGUUCAGCCCUAGUCAAACUCAUUAUUUUAACACCAGAAAAAGGCGGGUUUUAUGCACCCGACCAUAGGUGUUAUUCUUUGCAUUUAAUAUCUACGUAUGAUUGUAUAUCUUUACUAAUAAAUUUGCGGCUUUGUUAUGAAUCUUACUUCAGAGAAGACCUUUGCUCAUAUACCUUCAUCAUGAUGGUAGCAUCUUAACAAAUGUAUUUUGUAGGUAAGUAUCAAAUGACGUUGUGUAGUGAAUAGGCCAUUUGCACUAAGAGGUCAUGUGACAUCGUUUUUAUGAAAAUGAAAGUUAUAUGAUUUUACCUUCGAAAAACGAUUAGUGGGUCAUAUCUUAAACAAAAUAAUAGUGAUUUGGUUUGUCAAACCCGCACCAUUUUAUUAAAAUGAGUAACUUCGUAGCUGGUCACGUGACCAAAAUAUGAUUUUUAAAAUUAGGAAUUACACCUUUCUGAACACAAAUUUUGCACUUAAAGUUCAAGGGAAAUGUUGAAAAGAUGAGGUGGUAACGUUUACAGCACAUCUGAGCGUAACUAUCAAACGUUUAACAAGAUAUGAGCAAAAAGUAGUUUUGGCCGCCAUGUUGGAGGGCAAGAGUAUGCCCUCCAACAUGGCGGCCAAUACAAAUCAUACUGCUUUGCUGAAAAAUCAAAGUGCCAUAAAAUAUCUCCCUUAAAUGCGUUUCCUCUCAAAUUUCGGGUGUAAGAUAAUUUUUAUAUGCUCUGUCAAUUUUCGGCAUCAGCAAGAUUCCAACUCAUCGUUUAAAUGAAGCAUUGGUCACGUGACCUGUUAGUGCAACUGGCCUAUUUUUUAAGACUGCGAACUUGCACCUCUUAUGGCAACCACAUUGAUGAUGAUGCUGCGUGAUGCAAUGGUCUGUUUUGUUCCGUCAUCCCUGCCUUCUAUAUAAAGCCGAAAACUUCCUUUUCAGUCUGUUCCGAUUAGAUACUUGUUCUCCCUUUGCUUCGCUCUCUAGGAAUGGGAUGUAGGAAAGUUAGAGUAGGAACGGGUAACGGUGAAACAGUUUCAAUAGCCAGUGCCCCCUCUUCCUCUCCGCCACCCCACUUCCACGCACAGGAAAUUCCUGGAUCCGCCCAAAUACACCUCAAGAAACUGCUGAUCAAUACGGAGCCUAGUUCUGACUGGACACUCUUAUUAGUUUUCAUUUAAAACUGUGCAGCCUGCCUUCCCUUUUUUAAGUAUGUUAUAUUUUUAUUUUCUUUUUGUAGUCAACUGAUUUGUUCGGAAACGAUAGUAAACUACAUCAGCGGUAACUUUGUUGUGUGGGCGUGGGACAUGACUCACAACUCUAACAGAGCAAGGUGUGUGUAUAAACUGUUUCAUUUAUUUUUUCGGCACAUAGCGGGAGAUCCCGAGCUGGAAAGACAGCUCCAUCUUCAUCCCUCGGGCAACCAUGCACUACAGCGAAAACUUUGCUUCAUCUUGGUCCCGUGCGCAUCCAGUCACUCUAAAUGAAUAUAAUACAAUAGCUGUUCCAUCGACAUUGAUCUCUAUUUUCCUCGCAUUAAAGCUUGGUGUCUACAUGACUUACCUGUAAAAACCUCCAGUUUUCUGCGACGUAAUCGGAAGUUGUCGACGUCAGACGUUUUCAUAACAUCCUAGACCCUACAGACAAAUCUUUCUAUUUAUUUCAGUGAUCGCAAACAUGCCUUGUUUGUUUGACUCGAUUUUAGUGCGAACAUGGCGCUAAGCAGAUGUCCGUGUCGUAACGCAAACCGGUCGACGAUCUUGUCCCAGAUCAUAUGGAAAUUGGAGUUUAUCAUCCAUAUAACCUUGCUUUUUUUGAAUUAUGAAGCCUUCACAUUUCCCUUAUCCAUUCACCCUUUCCUAUUGUUUCGUUCUGCUCCAGGUUCCUAGACAUGGUUACGCAACACUUUGGCAGUGUAGCAGCGAGUACUGUGCGCGGGUUUGUGGCCGAGCAGUUUCCGCUUUUAAUAGUUGGUAUGAGGAAUAGAUCGGCCAUGGAAAUAUGUUCAGUCCUUCAAGGUAAGAAAUGUUUACAUUUAAGUACAGUCUUUUUUAACUACCGCAGGGUCAGCUUGACCGGUAGAGUAUCGGUCUUGUGACAUGGUGUUCAAGGGUUCGAUCCCCGGUUGUACCAGUCCUCACUCAGAGUAUAUAUAAGAGCUCUUUGAGAUGACCGAGAGAGUAAAGCUAUAUUUUACUAUUUUUCACCAGAAACUUUAGUACGGUUAUUUUUAUCCCGAUCGCAAAAUGAUAAAACCCUUAACAUUUGAUAACUUGUUUCCGACACUUCGACAUUUGCGCUGAAACUUGUAUUAGAGUGGCGACAGCUAUCGUGUUUUCCCGCCAAAAUGAGGCUGGUUUACGUGCGCACACUAGUUAGUUUUGAGGAAAUUUCGUUCUCGUAGUCUUGCUUGUCGUAAUUUAAAGAUCUCUAGUAAAAUACUAUGAUUCAAGUCACCUCCUUUGCUCUACAAACAACUUCAUGCGACUCGGAUGAGACCGUACAAAUGGCAUGGUUUCCCCUUCAAUGGGUGGCACAAAACAGUCGUCGCUUUAAUUUCAUUUUGCCGAAUAUAAUAUUUCUUAGAAAUUGCGCUUAAUACAAGUGCUGCCCGUUUUUGAACAGCGGUGUCAGUUGUAGAGUCAAUGUUGAGAGAUGAGGUUUUGAAGUUGUAUCGUGUAACCCAUGUUACCUUUUCUAUUGUGUACCAGGUUCAGUUACUCUUGAUGAGCUCAUGACAGGUCUCAUGAGCGCGCAUGAGACAUUUCAACAAGCCAUGGACAUCGAAAUCAGAGAAGAGGUAAACAGGCUCUUAAAUUUGCUCCUAAAAACUGAGCAUUAGGUCCUUACCUGCCUCGCAAGAAUCAUUGAACGGUUCGGAAACAUUGUCGCGCAAGGAUACAUUUUUCUGUCAGUUUUCUUCCCUAUAUUGAGCCGCACAAGGAUGGUUAUUGGGAACAUAACAAGGGAACAGGAAAUAAAACUGUACGAAGAGUAGGGUCGAACUGUAGUGAUACAGCUGUAGUGAUUGUGGUGUUUUGGAUAGGUGGUCGCUUAUGGGAGGUAGUCGUACAUUGAGGUGCGACUAUAUUUCAAAAUAAAAACCGCUUUGUAAAACUUUCAGCAAGAGUCUUAAGAUCACGUGUUAUUGUUACAGGAAGAAAGAGAGGCUAGAGAAAUGGUGAAGAGAGAACAAGAUGAGGCAUACCAGGCCUCCCUUCGUCAAGACAGGGCCAAGGUUAGGUUUCAACUUUGUUCUGACAAUUUCCGAUCAAUAAUAAAAAGACAACCAAUGUAAGGAGGCUGCUCAGAACCUCUACCUAAAAUGGUAACACAUAACAUUCACGAAUGCAGGUUUACAUAGUUCAUACUCUUAGUAGGCCGCAAAUAUUUUGAUUUUGAGCAGUUUUCCCAUGUCAGGUGUGCGCAGCGUUCCUUUAUCUCAUCCUUCAAAACCUCAAGAGUGACCAGCAUCAAUUUUCUUCUAACAAUAUGAAUACGUAAUCAAGUGAGCAGGUGAUAAGAAUUAAUAAAAUGAUCACCUAAGUAAAAAUGCUUUGUCUAACAAAUUCUCUCAACUAGUUUUUCAAAGAUCAGUAUUGAGAAUUUGUAUAUGGAUAUUGGGGAUUAAAGGGUUCAAAACUUUAUGUAUUGUACAGGAGGAAGAGAAAAAAAGACAAGAAAAAGAAGAACUACUCUCAAAGAAACUACACGAAGAACAAGCUUUACAUGAAGCCCAGCUUAAAGAGGUAAGUUCACUGCAUCUGAUUUAGAAUCAGAUUCAGUAUUGGAGACUAUGGUGACUUUGAAGGUUGCUCAUGUACUUAUUUAUUUAUUUGUUUGUUUUGUUUGUUUGCAGGCACAACGAUUAUCCCUUAUGGAUCACCUUCCUGCAGAGCCUGGGUCCGAAUGUACCGAUCCAGUUUCCAAUCUUCGGUUUCGACUUCCUGAUGGAGAAACCGUAACAAGAAGAUUCCUUGCUAGUAACCCACUUCAGGUAAGAUUUGUUUUCACUGCCUAGGAAGCCAACUGAGCAACAUUUACACAGUAUAGUUAAGACAAAUACAUCUCAGGAUCUCAUCUAAUAAUCACCUUGUACGGCUGAAAUAAAUAAUGAAACUUCUCCAGAGGAAGGUAUUGCUGUGAAUUUAUCCACAGAAAAUCUUGGAGCCACAUUGUACUGCAUUUUAAAGACGGACAUACACUUUCUUUUCUCGCAGGUUGUUUUAACAUUUGUUCAGACGCGAGGAUUCUUAGACAGUGAAUAUAAAGUAGUUACGAACUUCCCUCGGAGAGACGUGAGUAUGACUUAG